AUGGGAAAUUUCCUGAAUAAAAUGAUCGAUUAUCCAGGUGGGAUUAAUCAGGACAUGAUGCUGCAUUUGUGGCUACAAAAUCCAUUAAAGCAGGGUUCUAUUACUUUGAAUGGUCGUACCAUUGAGCUCAAGAAUAUUAGCUGCUCCCUUUUGGUAGGUGCAGGUCAAACUGACCAGAUUGUGACAGAAUCAUCCGCCAGACCAUUGCUGGAUUUGACAAGUAGCCAGGAUAAGACGUUUACUCUGAUUCCAGGCGGUCAUCUCGGCCUGAUGUCCAAUCAGAAAACAGCCAAUACAUUCUGGCCAAAAAUGACGACCUGGCUGGUGCAACGCUCAAAACGUCUCGACGCUUAA